AUGCAGCUCAUGAAGUCCAUUUUCCUUCUGGGCCUCUUCGCGGUCCAGUCCUUGGCUGAGCCAAUCCGCGUGGCCCGAUCUCCAAGCCCAGCCGUCGCCGAAUAUCAGCGCGCAGUGGCCUCGCACAAUGACAAGAGACAAAAUGGCUACGUCGAGUGGCCAGUGGGGGACGAUGUCCCAAACGUUGAUAUGCGAGAUUUCGACAAGGUUGGCCGUGGCGGAUCAAUUAAGACCGAUGGCCUUGCGAGCUGUAUCGCCAUCGUCGUCUACAACAAGACCCCGCAGGACGAUGAUAACGACAAGUUUCUCGCGCACAUCUCGGCGCUCGGAUGGGAGGACCAGCUGACCCCCUUUUUCGAGGCCAUGGACCUUUCAGACCCACGCGUCAUGAUCAUCGUUCCCCUGCCUGAAGAAACCGAUUCCCCGGCUGUCAUGAAAAAGGUCAACGAGGAUUUGAUCGCAAGGGUCUUUGACGAGUGGGAAGACUACGAUCCCAAGGCGUACGUCCGCGACGGAGCCCGCGUGAACGAACGUGGUGGUUCUCGCCUUUGGGUCGACGGUGACAAUGUUGUUCACUGGAGUGUUACCGGAGCCGUGAUUGAACCUCGCUAA